UGCCGCCGCUUGCCGGUCGGAGCUCAGCCGCGAUUUCUUGCCAUGUCAGGAGAGAUCCCAUCCUAGGAGUAUUUGAAUUAUCCAAACACACACCUCGACUUGCCAGGAUAUCCCUUCUCUUUCCUUCAGGCAUUCAAUUCCCGGAAAAUCUGCCCUCUGUUGUCAACGCGCCGGCUCUUAACCUCCCGGGAUAGCGCGGAAAUCCUUGCUUACUUUGGCAGUGCACGAUUAUGAGGAGUCGUCUUAAUUGGUAAAUUUGAUUCGCUAGCUGACCGGCUGACCGGGCAUGGUUAUCCAAAUCCAGGUCGGCCGUAGGUUCUUUCCUCUUUACACCGACCGCGCUCCCUGCCCAUAUAUAUUCCUGAGGAAUCCAUGCCCACCUUGGAUGAAGGCGCAGGUUUCUUCUGAUAUUCUGAGUCAGCCAGGGGAUUGCUAGCCUUUUCAAUUCAAUCAAGAGUUGCUGUGAACCAUCAGCCGCGACUGUUUGUUCACCGCAGCAGGAGGCAAAGAGCCCAGAGGAGAUGGGUUUCUUCAGCGAGUACGGGGACGCCAGCAGGUACAAGAUCCAGGAGAUCAUCGGCAAAGGGAGCUACGGGGUCGUGUGCUCGGCCAUCGACCAGCACACCGGCGACAAGGUGGCCAUCAAGAAGAUAUCCAACAUCUUCGACCACCUGUCGGAUGCCGCCAGGAUCCUCCGCGAGAUCAAGCUUCUCCGGCUCCUCAGGCACCCCGACAUCGUUCAGAUCAAGCAUAUCAUGCUGCCUCCGUCCAGGAGGGACUUCAAGGAUAUCUAUGUGGUCUUUGAGCUCAUGGAUACGGACCUCCACCAGGUCAUCAAGGCUAAUGAUGACUUGACAAAGGAGCACUACCAGUUCUUUAUCUACCAGAUGCUUCGUGCGCUGAAAUAUAUCCAUACUGCUAAUGUUUAUCAUCGGGAUCUAAAGCCAAAGAAUAUAUUAGCAAACGCUAACUGCAAACUCAAGAUAUGCGAUUUUGGACUAGCAAGAGUUGCAUUCAAUGACACCCCUACAACAGUUUUCUGGACGGACUAUGUUGCCACUAGAUGGUACAGAGCUCCCGAGCUAUGUGGUUCUUUCUUUACUAAGUAUUCACCGGCUAUUGAUACAUGGAGUAUUGGUUGCAUUUUUGCGGAGGUUUUGACAGGAAAGCCUUUGUUUCCUGGUAAAAAUGUAGUUCACCAGCUGGAUUUGAUGACUGAUCUCUUAGGCUCUCCAUCAAUGGAGACAAUUUCUCGGAUUCGAAAUGAGAAGGCAAGGAGAUAUCUGAGCAGCAUGAGGAGGAAACAGCCAGUACCUUUUUCACAUAAAUUCCCCAAUGCAGAUCCUUCAGCACUCAAGCUCUUACAGAGGCUUCUAGCAUUUGAUCCUAAGGAUCGGCCGACUGCCGAAGAGGCAUUGGCCGAUCCCUACUUCAAAGGUCUCGCGAAAGUGGAGAGAGAACCAUCAUGCCAACCAAUUUCGAAAAUGGAGUUUGACUUUGAAAUGAGAAAGUUUACAAAAGAAGACGUCAAGGAACUUAUAUUCAGGGAGAUAUUGGAGUACCACCCUCAACUUCUCAAGAACUACGUGAACGGCUCUGAAAAAACGAACUUUCUAUAUCCUAGUGCUGUUGACAACUUCCGGAGGCAAUUUGCCAAUUUAGAGGAAGAUGGAGGAAAAAGUGGGGCAGCCGAGAGGAAGCAUGUUUCUCUUCCAAGGACUACAACAGUUCACUCUACGCCAAUUCCUCCAACAAAUGGUCCGGUCUCCCAAGUUCCUCAAAGGAUUCCAACAGCUAGACCAGGAAGAGUAAUUGCCUCAGCACCAACAGAGAAUGCAAGUGUCGCUGAUCGACACAUCGGGCGGAGAGUGGCUAAGGAUCCGGUAGUUCCUCCAGCAGCUGCCAGCUACCACCUGAAGUCUGACUGCUCUGACAGACAGCAUCAGCAGGAGCUUGAGAAGGAUCGCGCGCGGUACAGGCCAUUGCAUCAUUUCAGGGAUGCCAAGGUUGCCCCUGAGAUGGCUCCAGACAUUCGGUCCUCACCUUAUUACAUUCCUCCAUUUAGUGGCAUCGCAGGUGGAUACAGCAAGGUUGCUGCAGUCACAAGGAUGUACUAGAGCAAUGGUUGGGCGAGUUUGCCAUUCUUGCCUUUGUUGAUAGUGAGAAGUGCGAGACGGAGAGCGUACUUGGUGGUACAUGUCUGAUCAAAAUGAUGCAAACAUGCCAAAGAACUUUUAGGUUCUAGCUGCCAAAUUGGCCGGCGUCACCAUGUCCAUGCUGUAGGUAUUGCAGUCAAUCUUCUCUUCUUUCUGCUAGAAGAAUGGAAGAAGGGUGGUAGAGCAGGGUGAAUUUCUCCUUUUUUUAAUUUAGGAGUUAGGACACAGUGGCUCUUCUGUAUAUAUUACAAAUCUUGAUUUUCUCUUCUGCCGGUUGAAGCUGAUGCUUCUUGUGUUAAUAGACUCAAAGAAUACCUCUCAGAGGUGAAGUGCCUCUGUUUAAAAGGAAUUGAAAGCUCUAGAGUUCCUUUUCCGCAUACUUGUAAUUACAAGUUGUAGGCAUUAUUUAACUCUUCGAUUUGGCAGCUAAGAACUUGAAAUAUAUUAAUUAGCUGUUUUUAUCUA